UCCCAACUAACUUUCACCUCCAACACCACUCUCCUCCUUCUCUCCUUCAAACUCCCUCACUACCACCACCACCACGCGCCACUGACCUUCAACAGCACAGCGUUUUGAUCAAGGCGGAACAGGAAGAAGAGACGAAGAUGGAUGAUGAUCAGGAAGAACAGGAAGAAGGAAUAAACAGAGACGGGAAACGAGACACAGAAAACGGAAUGGGAGAAAACAAUGAUGACGUAGAGGAAGAGGAGGAAGAAAAGAAGAAGUUAAGGAUGAAGAGGGACACAGAGAAGAAAGAUAAUGGAAGGAAGAAUGGAAGAGAACGAUUGAGAAAGAGAGACAAAAAGACACAGCUUAGCGGAGAAGAGGAGAAACGAGAAUUGAAGAAGAAAAAGAUUAAGAAGAAGAAGAGGAACUCAAGAAGAAACAAACGAGGAGACAAGAAAGAUAAAACAGAAGAAAAUAAUAAGAACAUAGAUAAACAAAAUAAAGAAGAAGACAAAGACCAUGAAAUAAAGAAGGAAAAAGAAACAAACAAUAAAAAUAAAGGACGAAACACAUCUACGAAGAAAGACUUAGAGAAUAACAAUAACGAAAGAGGGAAACAGAAAGAGAAUGAAAAGAAGAAAGAAGAAGGAAAGGGAGAAAUAAAAAAGUUAAAGAAGACUAAAGAAUCACGGAAGAAAAUAUCAAAGGAGGAGGAAGAAGACAAAACCGAUAAUGACAAGAAAGGGAGAAUUGGAAAACAAGAUAUCCAGCGACCUUUGGCAACCGGGCUUAAGUUGGCGUCAGCAAUUAGGUUAAAAAUAGAAGAAGAACAAGAAGAACAAGAACAAGGAGGUGGAGAAGCAAAAGAGAAUGUCGAUAAUGAUAAACAGAGAAAAGCCGAUAAAGCAGAAGAAAACAAUAAAACAAAAAAUUCUCAAGCUUAUUUUACUCUGGAUGGAGAAAGGGGGGAAAUGGAAGAGAAGGGAGAAGAGAGAGGAGAAAGAGAGAAGGGAGAAGAGAAAGGGAAGAAUGAACAAGACUUAGAGAAAAACACAGACACUAAAAUAACUAUCAGAGCAAAGGAAAACAAGAAAACAGAAAAUAAAAAAGAAGAAGGAAUAGAAAAUAAAGACGACACAGAAGAGAAACCAAAUGGGGAGGAGAAGGAGGGAGAUAAAGAUAUACCCAACGAAGAAAUGGAAAUAAAACACAAGAAACGAGACGAAAACAAAGGAAGGCGAAAAAUAAUUAGAAAAAUGAAGAGAAAUGAAAGAGUAAAGAUUAAGAGGAAAGAAGGAGAGAACCAGGAGAAGAAAAUAAAAGAGAACAAGAAGGAAAAGAGGAAGAAUUUAAGAGAAGCAAAGAGGAAAAUUAAAGAAGAAAGGAACAAGAAGAAAGAGGUGAAGAAAAUGCAGGAGGAAAUUCAGAAAGGAGGUGAAAGAAAACAAGAGAAGAAAUUAAUGAAAAAGGAAAUUGUGGGAGAUAAAGAAGACGAACAAGAAAGAGAUAAUAAUAAGGAAAAUGAAAAGAAAAAGCCAAAGGAGAACGAAGAAGAAGAAGAGAGGAAAGGAGAUAGUGAAAAAGACGAGAGAAUAGAGAUAAAAGACUCCAAAGAGAAGAAAGAUAAACUAAAAGGAGAGAAAUACGAGAGAGAAGAAGAGAAUGUGACAAGGAGAACAACUAAACGAAAGGAAAAUGAGGACGAAAAAGAGAAGAAGGAUAAACAGACACCGAAGGAAGAGGAGAAAAAGAAUGACGAAAAUAAGAAAACAGAAGCAAAAGGAGAGAUGGAAAAAUACACACAGAGAGAAAAUGGAAAUAAACAACAAGAGGAAAAGAAAAAAAGAGAUAGAAUAAAGAAAGAAGAGAAAGAGGAAAUAAAACAAGAAAAUGAAAAACACGAAACGUACACAAAAAAUGGAGACGAGAAGGAGGAGGAGAAUGGGGGAGAUGGAAAAGGAAGAGAUAAGAAAAGAAAGGAACAAGAGAAAACAGAAGAUGAGAUACAAAAUGAGGAACAGAAAGGAAGUGAUAAGAGAGAGGGAGAAAAGGACAAACGAAAGAAUGAAAGAAGCAAGGAGAAAGAAAAUGAUGAAAAUAAAGAUAAGAAAAUGAAGAAACAGAAAAAUAAGAAAGGAAAAAGGAAAGACAAAGCAGAAGUUGAUAAAGAUGGAACCGAUAAAGAAGAUAAGAUGAAGAAGAAUGAAAAAGACAUGAAUGAAGAGCAAGAAAAGGAAGAGAGACGAAAGAAGAAGAAGCAGAAGAGGAGGAUGGAUCGAGGGACUGAUAGAGAAAGCAAAGAAGGAGACGAAGAAGGAAGAGAAGAAGAGUCAGCAGACCCAGUGGAAGGUCCAAUGCAAGGUUCAGCAGACCGAGUGCGCAAUCCAGCAGACUUGGAAAGGGGUCCAGCAGAGGGCACAGCAGACCAAAUUAGCGGUUCAUUAGACCGAGCGGAGCAUCCUGUAGACCUAGAAAACGGCCCAGGAGACCACAUAGAAGAUUCAGCAGAUCCAGCAGACGGUCCAGCAGGCGGUCCAACAGGCGGUCCAGCAGGCGGUCCAGCAGGCAUAGCAGACGUACCGGUACAACUAUCGCACGGUCCCAUAAACUCUAUGGCCGAUUCAACCCACAUGAUAUACGGUCCAGCAAGACCAGUAGAAGGUCUAGCAGGUUCAGUCGACCACCACUCACCAGUAAGUCCCAGUGACUCUAUGAGGAGACUCCGUGAUGAUCCGCUGUGGCAGGAGGACCAGAGGAACCCUGGCUGGCCGCAACAAUACCUGCCCGGACUAAGGUGA